AUGAAUUGGACGAGACGCGAUGGCAGCUUGACGGGCAUGUUGGUGGCGUGGCUUCUCGCGGCUGCCGUGGCCACCGGCCGCGGACGAGGUCCAAAUGAGAGUGAUGGCACCAAAGGGAGGACUGGAGAUCACGUCACCCCCCCCUCAACCCAAGACCGAGAAGGUGAGGUUCACUGGGUCACCACCCCGUCGCCCAUGAACAGCCCAGACCACCGGCCCGUCCUCAAAGGCUUGAUGCUUCAAGAGCACCUUCUCUUGAGGGACUUUGAGGGCGACCAACACUUUUUCAGGAGCGACGGCUCCGCGGCGGCGUACCCCACCAGAGCGGGAGCCGCUCACCCGGUCACGCAAAUAGUUCCCCACGAGGAAGCUCCCGCUUUUUCGGAUAUGGCCUCUACCGCCACCGUGGCCGCUACGUCGUCACUGACGACGUUCUCUCCUACAACACCCAAACCUCUCCUUCAGAAGUCACACGAAGAAAGAAACAAACGCAGGCAGACGCCGCAAGCGAUGCCGAACGACGACGAAGCGGCUGCUUCCUUAUCAUUGCGGCGAGAUCAACUUCACCCUUGGAGGGAUUUUUCCGAGCAGUCCGGUCUUGCACCCUCCACAAUGAGGAUGGCAAAAGGGCAGGUGGGGGAAAUCACAGCCAAAGACAAAAGCGGUCCUAAUCAGUCCCUUCCAAACCUUACUUCAUCAUUCCGAACGGAGGCCACGUCAACCUCUGUGAUAACGACGACAACCAUCACCACUGUGCAAACAUCUGAGCCGUGCGGCCUAAAUUUCACUGACCCCGAGGGCAACAUUGAAAUCCUGCAGCAGCUUGACACAGCAAUGGAGUGCAACUACUUGAUUACCGUCUACCUGGGGUACGGCAUCGAGGUCCAGGUGGUGAAUGCAAGUAUGUCGGAGGGACAGCGCGUGACCCUGGAGGACACGGGUGGCCGGGAAUCCUUUGUUCUCGCCAACGAGUCAGUUUUAAUACGUGGUCUUGUGCUACGCAGUCGGAGCAAUCAGAUCUCCAUUCGUUUCCGUAGCGACCAACAGCACCACUCGGGAGUCAUUCAGCUUCAUUACCAAGCCUUUGUGCUGAGCUGUUCCUUCCCCAAGGAGCCCGCCGGUGGAGAAGUUUCCGUAACGCACCUCUACGCUAGUGGAGAAGCUUACUUCAACUGCUUUACAGGCUACAGGUUGAAAGGACCGAAGACGCUCACUUGCCGCAACGCCACCACGCCCUACUGGAGCGGGAAAGAACCCCAGUGCAUUGCAUCCUGCGGUGGGAUGAUGAAAAACGCAACCACUGGUCGCAUUGUUUCUCCUGGAUUUCCUGGCAACUACAGCAACAACCUGACAUGCCACUGGGUCCUGGAGGCCCCCGAAGACCAUCGGCUACAUAUUCACUUCGAAAAGGUGGCUUUGGCAGAGGAUGAUGACAGACUGCUGAUCAAGAACGGCAACAAUAUCGACUCACCCCCUGUGUACGACUCGUAUGAGGUGGAGUAUUUGCCUAUCGAGGGAGUCCUGAGCACAGGACGUUAUCUGUUUGUAGAGUUUACCACAGAUGGGACGCUGACCUCCACGGGUGCAGCCAUCAGAUAUGAAGCUUUUGCAAAAGGAAAGUGCUACGAGCCCUUUGUCAAGUACGGCAAUUUCAGCAGCAGCGACUCCACCUAUAGCGUCGGGGCUGUGGUGGAAUUCUCGUGUGACCCCGGUUACACGCUGGAGCAAGGCUCUGUAGUCAUCGAGUGCACCGAUGCCGAAAGCACUCAGUGGAAUGAAACCGAGCCGGCUUGUAGGGCCGUGUGCAGCGGUGAGAUGACCGACUCCGCUGGCGUGGUCCUGUCUCCUAACUGGCCCGAAGCCUACGACAAGGGCCAGGACUGCAUCUGGGGCAUCCAUGUAGAAGAGGACAAGAGGAUCAUGCUGGAUAUUCAAGUGCUCAACUUGGGCAAAAACGACCUUCUGACCUUCUACGACGGCGAUGACUUGUCCGCCAACAUUCUCGGGCAAUACAGCGGUAAACGUCCUCACUUCAAGCUUUUCACGUCCAUGGCAGAUGUCACCGUACAGUUUCAAUCCGAUCCCGCCACCAAUAUCUACGGCUACAACAAUGGAUUUGUGGUGCACUUUUUCGAGGUGCCAAGGAACGAUACUUGCUCCGAGUUGCCGGAGAUUACCAACGGCUGGAAAAGCACAUCUCACCCAGACCUCAUCCACGGCACCGUCGUCACAUACCAGUGCUACCCUGGAUUUGAGAUGGCGGGCUCAGAGAUCCUCAUGUGCCAAUGGGAUCUCAGUUGGAGCGGAGAUGUGCCCAGAUGUCAGGAAGUGAUGACUUGUCAGGACCCGGGAAAUGUGGAGCACAGUCGGCGGGUGAACACAGGCACCCGCUUUGCUGUUGGAUCUUCAGUGCAGUAUUACUGUAAUAAAGGCUACAUUCUGUCAGGCAGCAGCUCGCUUACCUGCUACAACCGCGACUCUGCCAAACCUAAGUGGAGCGAUCGGCCGCCAAAGUGUGUUCCCGAAAAGUACGAGCCCUGCAGGAACCCCGGCGCCGCCUCCACCAGUGCGCUAAGUUCUGAGAAGGCCUUUUAUCAAGCAGGUGAGACGCUGACCUUCUCCUGCCACCCGGGUUACGAGCUGCAGGGGCAGGCCGCCAUUUACUGCAUUCCCGGGCAUCCUUCGCAGUGGAACAGCACGCCGCCUGCUUGUCGAGCUUCAUCGCGUCAAUACUUAUAUGAAGAUAGGCUGGAGCUUGUCAAUAACAAUUAUGGCGACGAAGGAACCAAUAUUACACUGGCUGUCUUUAUCCCAACCGCAAUUAUCUUGGUGAUUGUUCUCGGGAUUUAUGUUUGUGCAACAAAAAUACAAGGGAAGGCUAUCAGCUUGUCGUCGUCGCCGCCGUAUGACAACAUGGCAGAGGAAUCGGCCUUCGACAACCCGGUUUAUGACAGAGGAGUAAGUACAGAUGUGGUGACCCUGCAAGAUGUGGACUCACAAAACACCAGUGUGCUUUCUUGA